AUGCCUCUUUACUGUAUCACCAGCAUGUUCUUCGACUUCUCAGUCUAUUUUUACUGGCUUGUAGCUCCUGUCUUAGUUAAAGAGCUUCGAGCGCCCGCAGUAGCAUCUGGAGCCAAAGAUGACACACCCUUAAUCAUAGGAGCUGCUGAUGCCUUAACCUUUUGUUUAGCUGGUUUAUUAGCCCCUGUAAUGGGGAUAUUAACAGACAAAUGGCGUGGAGAGAUUCUCUGUGAGAUCGGGUGUAUCUUCCAAGCCAUUUCCUGUAUUUUAACGGCACUCUUUUAUGUGAACAACACGAGUAUAUGGCCGUUAUUUUUGUUCUUAGUGAUUCAAGGUGUUGGGCUUUCUAUGUUUUGGUCUCCUGAUGAGACUUUAAUAGGUGCUGAAAGUUACAUAGGAGAAGAAAAUAAGAACAUCUCAUAUUUCGCUACACUCAGCGCCUUUGGAAAAGCUGUUGGAUUUCUCUUUGCAGGAAGUGCUACUGUUUUAAUGGGAAACACUUACUCCUUUUACUUCGGAGCUUUACUCCCUUUGAUCAUUUUCGUCGUCUUCCCCCGCAUUCCUGGAUACAAAAACGACCAGACCAAUCCUUCAAAAGUGUUUCAGAACAACGCCGUGAAGAGAGUCCACCCAAAGAUCUUCUAUUACACGUCAUUAAUAGUUCACCUGUUUAAUUAUGGCAUCAUUGCGAUAGUCCAAAACCAGUAUGUGGACUACGCCACGGACAAAAACAUUAUAUUGAAAGGAGUCUCCUCCACCCCCUCGUUAUUUGUUGGUAUCUUCUUAUUCAGCGAGAAUGUAGUGCAGACGAUCACUUUUGUAGUUUUGGGGAAAUGGGUGGGAUGGCAGUAUCACCAAAGAUACAACUUAAUAGCUUUUGUUGCUAUGUUUGUCGUCUCGUGUGGAUUAUUUAUAUUCACAAACGGGUGGAUGGUGAUGAUAUUUAGCGUGCCAAUGGGAAUGGUCGCUGGAUACGAAUUACAGGCGAAUUUGUAUUACUCAAUUACAGUCUCAGAAGCACAUGGAAAGUACUUGGGGAUCUCUGAAUUUAUCGGAGAAAUGACGUACUCUUUGUCUCCUUUAUUGGUCGGUAUAUUCUGCUCUGCGUUAAGUCGUGUGUGGAUGCACAUUAUUAACAUGUCGAUGUGCGUCAUUGGAUUCACUAUAGUCGGUGUCGCUACUUUACUCUACCAGAAAACACACCUGUUCGAUAAGAAAAUCACACAAGAAAACACUCCAAUUGAGCUGGAGGACUUGUCAAGAACUUCAUCGAUGGAAAAAACUAGAGACUCGAUGGACUCGGCUAGAGCUCUCACUUCUAUGGACGGUAAUGAUAAUUAUAGAAACGCUAUUUUGAAGGCAAUUACAGAGGCUAAAGAAGAAAGUCCAGAAAUCAACAAAGCAACUCCACCUAUGAAUAAAACAGAGGAAAUUGUCAAUGCACAACAAAAAAGUGAAAUAAAGAAAUAA